GUUCUCAAGGCAUUUAGCACAGUGCCGGGUACGCCGGGAGUGCCCAGCAAACGAGUUCCUGGGAAUAUUUGCACACGGGCUAGCGGAAGCAUGUGGCUCUCUAAGCAUGCAUCUAUGACCAGGCAUGUAUGCAUGGGAGGAUGUGUACCUUCCCCCGCCCCGGAGCCCCUCCAGUCAGGCGGAGGGCGGGCUCUGCUGGGCAUGGCGUGGGGCGGGCAGGGGUUAGGCCCGACUCCCUUCCUUGUCCCGCGACUCCAGGAGGGCCCCCAGUGGCUCCACGUGCGGGACUUCGACCGGCUGCUGCGGGAGUCCCAGCGGGAGGUGCUGCGGCUGCAGCGGCAGAUCGCCUUGCGCAACCAGAGGGAGCCGCCCCCGCCGCCUCGGCCCCCAGGCCUGGCCGCCCCGGCCAGAGCAGGGGCGCCCGCCCCCGGGGCCCCGGGAGAGGUGAGCGUCGGCGCAUGGGCAGCCACCCGGGGCCCAGCCCGCGCCGCCGCCUCCCGCCGCAGCCGCCGCAGCGCGGGGACGCCCCCUUCAGCGCCCGCCUGGUCCGUCAGGCCCGGCCCGGCUACUCGGGGGCGGCAGUGUGUCCGUCCCCAGCUCCAGGCCACGCCCCAGGAGGAUGUGGAAAACCCACCCGUGGUCCUAGGGGAGCCAGAGAAACAGCAGAGGGUGCAGCAGCUGGAAUCAGAGCUCAGCAAGAAGCGGAAGAAAUGCGAGAGCCUGGAGCAGGAAGCCCGGAAAAAGCAGAGGCGAUGUGAGGAGCUGGAACUGCAGCUGAGGGAAGCCCAGAGUGAGAAUGCCCGCCUCGUGGAGGAGAACUCUCGGCUCAGUGGGAGAGCCACGGAGAAGGAGCAGGUGGAAUGGGAGAACGUGGAGCUGAGGGGCCAGCUCCUGGGAGUGACGCAGGAGAGGGACUCGGCCCUUCUCAAGAGCCGGGGCCUGCAGAGCAAGCUGGAGAGCCUGGAGCAGGUGCUGAAGGAACAGCAGAGCAGGGCUUGGGCCCUGACGCGGGCUCUUGUGUUUCAGCACAUGCGGGAGGUGGCCCAGCGGAGGCAGCAGCUGGAGGUGGAGCAUGAGCAGGCGCGGCUUUGCCUGCAGGAGAAGCAGGAGGAGGUCCGGAGGCUGCAGCAGGCCCAGGCAGAAGCCCAGAGGGAACACGAAGGGGCCGUGCAGCUGCUGGAGUCUACCCUGGAUUCCAUGCAGGUCCGGGUUCGAGAGCUGGAGGAGCAGUGCCGCAGCCAGACUGAGCGCUUCAGCCUCCUGGCGCAGGAGCUCCAGGCCUUCCGCCUGCACCCGGGCCCCUUGGAUCUGCUCACCUCCGCCCUGGGCUACAGUACCCUUGGGGACCGCCCGCCACCCCCCUGCUGCUCCACCCCCCAGCCCUGCCGGGGGUCUGGCUCCAAAGACCUUGACCUCCCGCCAGGCUCCCCAGGGCGCUGCACCCCAAAGUCUUCCGAGCCUGCCCCUGCCACCCUUGCUGGCGGCCCCCGAAGGACGGCCAAGAAGGCAGAGUCUCUGUCCAACUCCUCUCGCUCCGAGUCCAUCCACAACAGCCCCAAGUCAUGCCCUACGCCCGAGGUGGACACAGCCAGCGAGGUGGAGGAGCUGGAGGCAGACAGCGUCUCCCUGCCGCCAGCAGCCCCGGAGGGCAGCCGGGGAGGAGCCAGGAUCCAGGUCUUCCUCGCUCGCUACAGCUACAACCCCUUCGAGGGCCCCAAUGAGAACCCAGAGGCAGAGCUUCCGCUUACCGCUGGCGAGUACAUCUACAUCUAUGGCAACAUGGACGAGGAUGGCUUCUUUGAAGGGGAGCUCAUGGAUGGCCGAAGGGGCCUGGUCCCUUCCAAUUUUGUAGAGCGUGUGUCCGACGACGAUCUCCUGACCUCCCUGCCUCCAGAGCUGGCUGAUCUGUCCCACAGUUCAGGCCCUGAACUCAGUUUCCUGAGUGGCGGCGCGGGCGGCAGCAGUAGUGGAGGCCAGAGCAGCGGGGGACGCAGCCAGCCCAGAACAGAGGAAGAGGCUGCAGGGGACGAGCUCAGGCUGAGCCCCUCGCCCGAGGGCCUGGGCGAGCCCCCUGCCGCGCCUCACCCCCGCUGUCUGGCUGUCCUCAAGCAGCUGGCCCACAGCGUGGUGCUGGCCUGGGAGCCGCCUCCUGAACGCGUGGAGCUGCGUGGCUACCACGUCUGUGUGAAUGGGGAGCUGCGGCAGGCCCUGGGGCCCGGGGCGCCCCCCACGGCCGUGCUUGAGAAUCUGGACCUGCAGACUGGGCCCCUCCGCGUCUCUGUUCAGGCCCUGACCAGCUGGGGCGGCUCUGACCCUCUGCGCUGUUGCUUGGUGCUAGGGGCCGGGGCCGGGGUGGCACCUAGCCAGCUGCGGGUCCAUCGACUGACAGCCACGUCCGCUGAAAUCACCUGGGCGCCCGGCAAUAGCAACUUGGCCCAUGCCAUCUACCUCAAUGGGGAAGAGUGCCUCUCUGCCUGCCCUAGCACCUACUGGGCCACCUUCUGCCACCUGCGGCCUGGUACACUCUAUCAGGCCCGAGUGGAGGCUCAGCUCCCACCUCGAGGGUCCUGGGAACCGGGCUUGGAGAGGCCAGAGCAACGGGCUGCCACCCUGCAGUUCACCACACUCCCAGCAGGCCCACCUGAUGCCCCCCUGGAUGUGCAGGUUGAGCCAGGCCCCUCCCCUGGAAUCUUGCUCAUCAGCUGGCUCCCGGUAACAAUCGAUGCUGCCGGUACCUCCAACGGCGUCCGCGUCACAGGCUACGCCAUUUAUGCCGAUGGGCAGAAGAUCAUGGAGGUGGCCUCCCCCACGGCAGGCAGCGUGCUGGUGGAGUUGUCGCAAUUGCAGCUGCUGCAGGCGUGCCGCGCAGUGGCCGUGCGCACCAUGUCGCCCCACGGCGAGUCGGCCGACUCCAUCCCGGCUCCCGUCGCCCCCGCCCUGGCUGAGGCCUCCUCACCAGCCAGGGUCUCCUGCCCCUCCCCACGACUGGGCUCGGAGGCCAGACUGCCCCUUGCUCCAGCCUCCCCGGGGCCUGGAGACCCCAGCUCUCCCCUCCAGUGCCCCAACCCCCGUGGAGCUCGAGAGCCCCCCGGGGGCUCCCCAGCAAGCUGUCCCGGAGAGACACCAAAAGGAUCCUCAGAGGAGCCCCCGGUGCCUGGCUCUCAGGAGGAGGCUGGGGCAGCCGAGCUGGGGGCCCCAGGAGACAGGAAGGCCAGUGAGCCAACCUCGGGAGAGCGAGUUCCUGGCCCUGCAGCUUCCUCCCUGGCCGAGGAGAAGGCUGAGUGGACUGUGGGAGAGGCCCGCCCGGCCCCUGGCUCCACCCAGGGAGCGCUGGCCCAGAGGCUGCCCUGUGCUGAGGCCUGCCGUGCAGGAGACACAGGGCCUGGGCUGAGGCCCAGGGCUGAGAGAGAGGACACGGCCGAGCUUGGGGUCCGUCUGGGGAGCGCCCUUGUGGACCAUGGCCGCAACUCAGAUCUGUCAGACAUCCAAGAGGAGGAGGAGGCCGAGGCAGAGGAGCUGGGUGUCAGAACUUGCUCCUCCCCGACGCAGGGUGCUGGCAACAGCCUCAGGGACAAUGGGGCCCAGCCCCAGCCCGACCCCUUCUGUGAGACUGACAGCGACGAGGAGAUCUUGGAGCAGAUCCUGGAGCUGCCUCUCCAGCAGUUCUGCAGCAAGAAGCUCUUUAGCAUCCCUGAGGAGGAGGAAGAAGAGGAUGAAGAGGACGAGAAGAGGCGGGGGGCAGGCUCUUCUUCCCGGGACCCUGACCCGCCUGAGCCUGCAUUCCUGGGGCUGGGCUGUGACAGCGGUCGGCCCCGAGGACCUGGCCUAUGUCCUUUGUCUCCCGAGCCCUCCAGGGCUGGGGACCGCCUGGAGGACCUGCCUGGACUCGUUGGUGGAAGCAGCUGGAGAAAAGGAAGUGGCUCUCCCGAGAAGCCCCCCAGCCGCAGGCGGUCCCCAGAUCCCCGUGAACACUGCAGCCGACUUCUCAGCAACGGCGGGUCCCAGGCCUCUGGACGACCGGGCCCCGCCCGGGAGAGGGGCGGCCCCCCCGUGGGCGAGGGCACCAGAGCUGGACCGGAGGCUGGUGGGAGAGGGCGGCCGGCCCCUUCGAGGAGGUGUCCCCGUGGCCCAGCCCCGGAAUCGGGCCUGGCCAGCUGCCUCUCCCCCAAGUGCUUGGAAAUCAGCAUCGAAUAUGAUUCUGAGGAUGAGCAAGAGACGGGCGGCGGGGGCGUCAGCGGCACCAGCUCCUGCUACCUCGGAGACGGGGAGGCGUGGGGUGCAGCACCCACGGGAAGGCCCAGGGGGCCUCCGAAGGCCAAUUCAGGCCCCAACCCCUACCCACGCCUCCCGGCCUGGGAGAAAGGGGAGCCAGAGCGGAGAGGCCGCAGUGCCGCUGGCAGAGCCAAGGAGUCACCCUCCCGGGCAACAGAGACUGGGGAGCCCAGAGGGCAGGAUGGCUCUGGGCGGAGGGGCCCCCAGCGGAGAGGGGGCCGGGCCCCCAGGCCAGGCUCCGCGGAGCUGGCCCCUCUGAGGAGCCCUCCAGAAGAAGCACUGGCUUACCAGGACCUACCUGUCAGGGUCUUUGUGGCUCUGUUUGACUAUGACCCCGUGUCGAUGUCUCCCAACCCUGAUGCCGGGGAAGAGGAGCUCCCCUUCCAGGAGGGCCAGAUCCUGAAGGUGUUUGGGGACAAGGAUGCCGAUGGCUUCUAUCGGGGUGAAGGCGGGGGCCGGAUGGGCUACAUCCCGUGCAACAUGGUGUCCGAGGUGACUGCGGACAGUCCUGCAGGGAGAGAGCAGCUGCUCCAGCGGGGCUAUUUGUCCCCAGAUGUUCUCGUUGAGGGUUCAGGGAACGGUCCCUUUGUCUACUCCACAGCUCGCACAGCUGGGCCUCCCCCCAAGCCCCGCCGCUCCAAGAAAGCUGAGUCCGAAGGCCCUGCCCAGCCCUGUGCAGGCGCCUCCCAGCCGGUCUCCUCUACUGGCCUGAAAGCUCCCCGCUCCAUGGUGGCUGCAUUUGACUACAACCCCCGGGAGAGUUCCCCCAACAUGGAUGUGGAGGCAGAGCUGCCCUUCCGGGCAGGGGACGUCAUCACUGUGUUUGGGGGCAUGGACGAUGAUGGUUUCUACUAUGGGGAACUGAAUGGACAGCGGGGCCUGGUUCCAUCCAACUUCUUGGAGGGCCCUGGGCCUGAGGCAGGCGGCUCAGACAGGGAGCCCGGGACACCCCAGGCCGAGGGGCAGCCCUGGGCCAGCUCAACCCAAGGGCCCCCAGCGCCACCCGGCUGGCCCUGUGCUCCCGGCCCUGGCCGCUUCUCCGGGAUUGAAUGGGGGGCACCACAGGGCCCGAGCAAGAAGGUGUGGGGUCUCCUCUCCAAGGGGAAGCAGCUCCUCAGGAAACUGGGCUCUGGGAAGAAGGAGUGAUGCUGCGGCCCGUCCUGCAGGCCCGAGGCCCCGGCGCACUGUCCCGGCUGCUUGGGGAAGGCCCUGGACUCUCGUUCUCCCGAGCCAGUGCCCUGGCACUCGGAUGGGAAUUCUACUCGGUGAAGGUCAGAGCUAGAUGAGCCCUUGCGGAUGCGUCCUCUGGGUGGGCAUCUUCCUCCGACAGGACGGUGGCCUGAGCCGUAGCUGAGCACCUGGGUCACAGAGCCAGGCCUGGAUGUGGACUCGUGACUCCUGCUUCUCCCACCCCCGCCUGGUGUCCAGCAUGCCAUGCGAGUCCCUUCUUGGCCUCCACACGCCUGGCCCCGGGGACCCUGCUCCCUCCGACGGCGCUGGCCAACCUCGUCAAGUCUUCCCUCCCUGAAGGAGAGUUUGCACUGGAUUCUGCCCAGCCCCCCACCCCCGGGCGGGCAGGGGGGUGGAGCCGUGUAUAUAUGUACAUACCCAGUGCCUCAGCCCAGCUUCCUCCGUCUCCCUUCCACUGCACAGGCCCGGGAAGGACCCUGGUCGUAGCACUGCCCUCUUGCCAGCCGCCCUCCUGGCCUGAGCCCCGGGCCAGCGGGCAGAAAGCAGGAGCUGGGUUUGCCUUAUUUUGCUCAUCAGAUUCAACUUCUCUUUUGCAUCGUUUUCCUCUGGCCCCUGUUGGAGUGGGGGGCCUGGGGAAGAGGACAGAUUUAUGCAGCUAUUUUCAUACAUUCCCUGUUCAGAUUGGGAUGGGGGGCUCUCCCCCCUUACCCUAGCCACCUCCCUCCCCCUCCCCCUCCAGCUGGGUGAGCGUCUCUGCAUGUUUCCUUUGCUGUGGUGGGAGAUUGAUUGUUGGACUGAAUGCCCCCCCCACCCCCCGACCACCACCUUGGUCUCCAGGGGUGUGGAAUGGUGGGGGCAUUUAUUUAAAGAGACAUUUUAUUAUAAUAAAGUCUAUUUUCACAAAUCC